AUGAAUCAUCACCACGUGUUUGUCACGUCGGCUGAUGAGCAGAAUAUUCAACAGCAGCAGCACAAUAAUCAACAUGUUGUUGUGACGACGACAAGUCAAAGUGAUUAUCAGGUUAGACAUUUUGGGAGGGGUGAAAACAGGGAGAAAUUUAAAAAUCUGAAAAUUCAGAUUUUAUAAAAUUAACAUUGAUGCUUUUAAGCUCAAAAAACUGAAAUUUCCAAGCUCAAAAUUAAUUUCAGGAUUUAAAAAUGUUCCGGUUAUUUUCCGAUGAAACAAACUUUUUUUCAGAAAUGGAGAUUUCUAGAAUUUCAGCAAAAAAUCCUGAAAAUCAAUUUUUCAACUCAAAAAUCUGAAAUUUUUGAAUCUAUAUCAGAAAUAAAUCAAAAUUACCAUUAUUUUCAGAUUUUCAAUAUUAAAAAAUCAAAAUCAGAUAAAAUCAAUGUUUUCAGCUCAAGAAAUUAAAGAUUUUCAUUAAAAAAACUGAAAUUUUUCAGCUUCAAUUUAAUUUCAGGUUUUCAAAAUAUUCCUAUGUUUCUGAUGAAAAAUUCAACAAUUUUCCGCUUGAGAUUUUAUGUAUCAUGAAAGUUUCUAGAUUUUCAGCAAAAAACCCCGGAAAUUAAUUUUUUAACUCAAAAAUCUAGCAACUUUCAAAAAAAAAAAUUUCAAGUAAAAUUUGAAAAUUAUUGAUUUUACUCAAAUUUUCCACCAAAAUUCAAUAAAUCCAUAUUUUUUUGCAGUCAACAUCGUAUUAUUCGGCAGCUGAAGGUUCAUAUGAUCAAGUCGGUUAUCAAACAACUCAAAUAAUUGGAGACGAUGAAACAAAAGAAGAAUUUCUAAUGUUACCAUCACAAGUAAAAGAACAUCCAGCAGUUGCACAAGCAGAUACAAUGAAUGCAUAUCUUGAUUCAUAUUUUGUUGAUCAACAUGGAGCCAGUACUUCGGAUGAUUCCAAUGAUAUUCGAAAUCGAUUGAUUGAUGAAAGAUUACGUCUUGAAAGAGCCAAAAAAUCCGAUGAAGAUUUGGAAGUUUUGCUAAAAGAGACUGAUGAUAUGCAAGAUAUUCAAACACAAAUCCAUAUGGAACAAGCAGCAAUGGCUGAUAAAUAUCGAGAAGAAAGAUCGAGGCAACGAAGAGCUGCAGCUGCAAGAUCGAGAUAUCAAAGAAUGACUGAAAAUGAAAGGCGAUUGUAUAAUCAUCGAAGAAGAUUGCGACAAUUAGGAUUGGAUCCCGAAAAUUCAAAAACUGAUAUGGAAGAAGUUCGAGAACAUGUGAAGAAUGCAAAUGCGAAAAAAGCGGAGGCGGCAAGAAUGAGAUAUCAUCGAAUGACACCAGAACAGAAACGAGAUUAUAAUAUGAGAAGAACUGAAGCAUUUCGAAGGCGACGGAUGGAAGAAGAGAUGUUAUUAUCGACGCCAGCUGGAAGAAUAUCAGCUGAAGCAUUGGCAAAAGCACAACAAAUUAUGGUGAGAAAUGCGCGGAAAGCGGAAUCGGCAAGAUUGAGAUAUCAAAGAAUGACGCCAGAUGAGAGGAAACAAUAUAAUUUGAAAAGAGCGGCAGCCAAAAAAACGAGAAAGAAGGAUGAUAUUGUUUUGAGUCCAGGAAAUGUGCAAAUUGAUCCAUUGCUUAUGAUGGCGCCACCGGAAAGUGGAAGAAAUGAGACGAAUGACGAGUCGAUGGAAUGUUUUAGUGAUAUGUCGGGAAUUCAGGAAUCGACAGGCGAUAAUGGAAGUGUUUAUCAGGAUCAAUUGACGACGGUGGAUGAUGCGACACAAGAACAACACAUGUUGGAUAUUAUUAAUCAGGUUGCCACACCCACACAACAUGAGAUUUUUGCGCAGGUUUGUUUUUUGGGAGGGGGGGGGGGGUGAAAAUUCGAGUUUUCUCUGAUAUAGUUUGAAAUUUUGAGAUAAAUCUAUAAAGUUAGAAUUUUUGAACCAGAAAAAAUAGCAGAUUUGUGGAGCUCUGAAGUUAGACGGCUUUUGAAUUUUCAAUAAUUAAUUUUAGAUCUAAACUUUCUGAAAUUUGAAAUUUACAGUAAACAUACUUUUUUUCUAAUUUUGAGCUCCCAGCUAAAUUAUACAGUAGUUUAGAAUUAUUUUAAUUCUAAACUUUCUGAGGGUUGGAAUUUACAGUAGAAAUUUUUGAACUUAUCUAAUUUUUCAACGAAAUAUCUAUGAAGCUCUAGAUUAUAGCCGAAAAAUCUCUCUUUUCUCUAAAUUAAAAUCCUAAAUUAGGAUUUUCAAAUCACAUUUUUGAACCAGAAAAACCUGGGGAAUUUUUCGAACUAGUUUUUUAAUCUGAAAAUUAUAGAUUUUCGACUUAUUGAGCAUUUUUUAAGCUUGAAAUUUUGAAUUUUCUAGAUUUCGAAAAUUUAGAAAAGAAGUCUUGUUUUGAACUCAUAAAAAUCAAUUUCAGAUGGAAAAAGACGUAGUUCGCCGAACGAAACAAGCACAUCUCGCUCUUCAACGCCAACAACAAUUAGACAAUACAGUAACCCUCGAAACAAUUCUACAAAAUGAUUUGAAUAAUUUGAGUGGUGGACCAAGUGGCGGACAUUCUACAGGUGGACCAAUUCAAUAUGAUAUGGCACCACCAAUGGAACAUGAAAUGAUUGUUGAAACAUCGGGUGGAAAUAAUAUUGGAGGAGGCGGAAUGCAACAACAACAACAACAACAACCAACAAGAUCGAGAGGGCGAGGAAGAGGAGGCAUCGCUCAGAAUAGACAAAAUGAACCGGUUAUGAUGUGUUGUGAGGAGGAAAUUGUUGAUAUUCAGGAUACAACUAUUGUUGAUAAGGUAACGGUUUUGGGGGAAAUGAGAAAAUCGUAGAAAAUUUGAGAAAAGUUCAAGCUGAGGCAGAGAAUUGAAGGGGCUUCUGAGAAAAAAAUCUCUAGAAAUAAAAUUAAAAUUGGAAUAUUUUUAAAGGUUUUCAAUUUUUAGCUCAAAAAAACUAAAUAUUUGUGCUCUUUUUGAUCUGAAAAUUAGGCUGAAAAUCAAUCAAAAAUUUUGAAUUUUCAGGUAUAAAUUUCAAAAUAAUUGGGCACAAUACAAAUAUAUUAAUUGUUGGCUGAAAAUCUUGAAAUUUUGGUGAAAGAUCAUAAAAAUGUAUAUUUUCCGGAUUUUUCCUAACCUAAAUUUAAAUUAUUUUUCAGAUGAAAAUCUAGAUCUCAAAAUUUCCCCACAAAUAAUCCUAUUUUUCUGCAGAGCCAAUUAAUCGAUGAAAAAGCGCUGCACGAGAUGUUGAGAACGGGUCUCGACGCGAAUGGACAACCUGUUGAAAUUCGAAUGGCCGAUGGAACACCGAUAAGUGGAACUGAUCAAUUGAAGUGAGUUUUUCAUUAGGGCCUUAACGUUCUUAUUCCAAUUUUGUAGCGCAAUCAGCAAUGGUCAAACAAUUCUAAUCACCCAACAACAACCAAUCGAACAAAAACCAUCACUUCUUCCACCAGUUUCUGAUUAUGGACCAUCAACUUCAACACAUCUUCGAAUGAAUGAAUAUGAUCAUACUUUGAUGGGUGGAGGAAAUGGCGGACAUCCUGAAGAUGAUGAAGCAUAUAUGGGAGAUGUUACAUCGAUGUUGAGUGCUGAUAAAUUGGCAUUGUCGAGAGCGAAACGAGCGGAGAGAGCUAGAAUGCGGUUGGUUUUUUUUGUCUGAAAGUUUGGGAGUGAAAAAUGAGAUUUUAACCAUUUUAUCAAACUUAAAUUUUUAUUAAAAAUUCCAAUUAUUUUCAAGUUCAAAUAAAUGGAGAAUUAAAUUUGUCACCCAAAUUUUCUCGACUUUCAAUAUCUCCUACUAUUCCAGCUAUCAUCGAAUGUCUGUCGAAGAACGUCGAGAACAAAACGCGCGUCGAGCAGAUAUGCUGCGAAGAUCUCGCCAGCGAGACGAUGAAUUGUGCCAAUUGGCUGACAGUGUUCCAAUGGAACAACUCGACGAAGACACUCGUCGACAAAUUGUCGAAGCACAAACUCGGCGGAUGAAAAGAGCCGAACAGGCGCGAGCAAAAUAUCAUCGAAUGAAUAGUGAGCAGCGAAGACAAUAUAAUGCGAUGAGAGAUGCACAAAGGCGGCAACGAAAACGAGAACAGGAAAAUCGAAUGAGACAACAAAUGGCUGAUCAGGAUCAGAAUGGUGAUGAUAUGAAAGUUGAUGAUGGAAGUAGUCGAGAUGGUAGACAAGGUUUGCAUUUUUUGGAUUUUGAAAAUUGCGAAAUUCUGAAAUUCAAACUGAGAGCAUCUGACAAAAAUCCUCUGACUUUCGAAAAUUUCGCACUUUUUGAGAUUUUUCAAAAUCUUAGCCAGAACUUUAAAUUAGCCUAAAAGUUUUGAAUCUAGAAUUGUCUAGAAUUAAAUUUUUCAGAACAGAAGCUGAAUUUUCUCUCGAAAUCAGCGAAUUUUCCCAAUUUUCCCAAAAAUCCAAGUCAAACCUCUCGAAUUUUUUCAGAAUCUUCAUCUCAUCAAUCGGGCCAAUCUCCGCACGAUGGUUCAGUUCUCUAUGCAAACUAUGAUAUGUAUCCGGCUGAAAAUUGGACAGAAUAA